AUGGCUCCAGGGAAGCACGUCGGCCUGCUGCUCACAUGGAUACUCGCCGAACUGGGAACGUUGUGGCGUUGCUUGAAUCGGGACACUGGCUCGACUGGACAACCGCGACAACCUUCUGAUCCCGCCUGUGGCCCAUCUUUCCCGGAUGAGAGCCGAAAACCCAGGGAAAUUCACCGUUGGGCUCAUGCUUUUUGUCUGAGAUCGACGGCCCUUGUCUCUCAAGAAGCAAGCAUGGGCAAUCUUCGCAUGCUUGCCAUGACAGAUGGAACAGAGACCGGCUCUGCCAAUGGGGGCGCCCCCGUGCCAUGUCGAUGGGUCUUCUCGAAGGUUUCAGGGUCCCAUUUUUUGUGCAUGAAGAGCGCCACCUCACAAUUCGCGCUCUGCAGGCACUGGCAGGCCAACUUGCCCGUUUCCGUCUUGAAUUCCCAGCACACCCUUGUUCAUGGCAAAGCCCGGCCGAUUCCCUCCCAGCCCCAGCGCGGCGAGCGAGCAUCGGGGCCGCCAGAUGAACUGGUAUCGGGGUCGAAAGAUAACGUUACACGGUAG